AUGGUUGCUUCACAUCAAGAAGAAUUCAAGGCAGCAAAUGGUCACAUUGUAAUUGUCAGCUUUGGAAAUCUGUCAGGAGCAAAGAAAUGGCUUGAGCAAACACAAUGUCCUUUUCCCAUGUUCAUUGAUAACAAUCGYCAACUCUACAAAUCCCUUGGUCUUAAGCGGUCUGUAUCCAAAGUCUGGAACACUUCUACAUUGAUUUAUUACGCAGAAGAAAAGAAAAAAGGAAGGCCUCUCAUCGGUAUUUUUGAAGAAGAUGAUCCGACUCAAAUGGGRGGUGACUUUAUAGUUGAUAGUCAAGGAAACAUGAAGUUAGUUUAUCGGAGUAAAGUUGCGAACGACAGACCAACGGUAAAGGAAUUGUUGCAAGCUUUAGAAUCUUAA